AGUGCGAUGAGUCUUCCGUGGUCCUGCCUCCUGGUGGCUGCUGUAGGUAUCCUAGGCACAGCGACUCCCCAUCCCAGGACUCCCUCUCUGCAUCGUCUCACCAGGCAGCUCUUACGGCGGUAUCACAAGGAUGUCAGGCCAGUUUACAACUGGGCUGAGGCCACCACUGUCUACCUGGACCUAUGUGUUCAUGCUGUAUUGGAUGUGGACGUACAGAAUCAAAAAUUAAAGACAAGCGUGUGGUACCAAGAGGUUUGGAAUGAUAAGUUUUUAUCCUGGAACUCUAGCCUGUUUGAUGACAUUCAAGAAAUCUCUCUCCCUCUCAGUGCCAUCUGGGCCCCUGACAUCAUCAUCAAUGAGUUUGUGGACCUUGAAAGCUCUCCCGACCUCCCCUACGUGUAUGUGAACUCUUCUGGAACCAUUAGUAACCACAAGCCCAUCCAGGUGGUCUCCGCAUGCAGUUUGCAGACGUACGCCUUUCCCUUUGACAUCCAGAACUGCAGCCUCACCUUCCACAGCAUUCUGCACACUGUGGAAGACAUAGACCUGGGCUUCCUGAGGACUAAGGAAGACAUCGAGAAUGACAAAAGGUCAUUUCUGAAUGACAGUGAGUGGCAACUGCUCUCAGUGUCCUCCACGUACAGCAUCCUGAGGAACAGCGCUGGAAACUUUGCACAGAUUCAAUUUAACGUGGUGAUUCGCAGAUGUCCAUUGGCCUAUGUCGUGAGCCUCUUGAUUCCUAGCAUCUUCCUGAUGCUAGUAGACCUGGGGAGCUUCUACCUGCCCCCCAACUGCCGUGCGAGAAUUAUAUUCAAGACCAAUGUGCUGGUGGGCUACACAGUCUUCAGGGUCAACAUGUCUGAUGAGGUGCCGAGGAGCACGGGGUGCACGUCUCUGAUUGGGGUCUUCUUUACCGUCUGCAUGGCCCUCUUGGUUCUCAGCUUAUCCAAGUCCAUCUUGUUGAUCAAAUUCCUUUAUGAGGAGCGACACAGUGGACAAGAACGGCCUCUUCUUUGCCUUCGAGGAGACUCUGAUGCAGAUGAGUCUAGAUUACACCCUUGGGCUCCAAGUGCUGAGACAACAGAGUCCCCUGUCCACCAGGAGCACCUGGUUCAGUCAGAUACUCUGCAGGAAGUCUGGCUCCAGCUCCAGUACAUCAACAACUCUCUCCGGACUCGGGAUCAGGUUUACCAGAAGGAGGUGGAGUGGCUGGCCAUCCUGUACCACUUUGAUCAGCUGCUCUUCCGAAUCUACCUUGCUGUGCUGGGGCUCUAUACUGUCACCUUGUGCACUCUCUGGGCACUGUGGAGCAGCAUAUAA